AUGAGCAUCUCUAUAGAGUACUGCUACUCCAAGCUUGAGCUGGUCCGGUGUCUUAAGGAGGCUGCCCUCUUUUUUGCUCUCCUCCUCAAGUGGCUGCUCCUCCCCAGCCACGCCUGGUGGUUGCCGUCUCCUUCUCCCUCCACCUACUUGGAGGACACAGCCGCUGCGGCCGAGGCCAGAGCCCGCUGCCGCGCCGCAGCGGUGAGGGCUGCCCUCCGUGUCACAGCCUAUGAGGACCUCGUGGAGACGGCGGAGGAGGUAAGGUCCGCUGGCGUUGGGGUCGGAGUCACGUGCGCGGUGUGCCUGAGUGAGAUGGCAGCGAGGGACGUCGUGUGGGAGCUGACCAACUGCCGGCAUGUGUUCCACAAAGGCUGCUUGGACCGGUGGCUCGACCACGACGAGCACCUCAGCUGCCCUCUCUGCCGCACUGCCCUUCUCCCGGUCCAGCAGUCGCCGCCCCUGCCUCCGGCAGAACCCAGCUGGGCCGUCGAGCGCCUGCUCUACUUCUUCGGGGAUGACCAUCUCCUCGCGCCUCCUCCAUAG